CUCAAGCGGUCAGUGAGAAUGAGUGAGCAAUAAGGACCAAAAAAAAAGAACGACACGAGGUAAUUUGCCCACCGCAAAAGACCAGCCGAGCGGAGUGACUGGUAUCGUGGCAUGAAACCAACGAAGUAGAAAUGAGACGUUGCUGGCCUGAUAGGCUUGGUCAUGCGUGCCAAUGCAACGCGCAUAGCAGUCAGCCCCCCCCCCUCUUCCUCGACUCUCCCAAGCCUUUGAGAUGCCACGGUCGGGUAAUGAUAGCCUUAUUAUGAUGCCAUUCCCUUUUUCACCGGCAGCUCGCGCACGGAACUUUUCGCUGCCUCUCCCUGGAUUCGACCAUCUGAAUGGGCAGGAAAUGCAUCCACUCUGACGGCGGAAGGAUGCGAUCUUUUCAGCUCCGGUGGAAUGCUUUUUGCUCAAGACCUCUCCGUUAGUGACAUUUAUGGGGAUUGUGCAAGGCGUGUGUGGAUCAACUGUAUAAUACCCCCUAGCCAUCUCCUGGAGUUUCUCCCAAUAAGUCAUCGGUUGGUGAUCUUUGGAAGCUCCAGGGCUACCACCCCUGUGGCUGUAAUGGAAGAAUCCUUCCAAUCAAGACGCUUUUUUUCCCUCUCAAGUUCCUCUCUGGCGGUAUCCAUUACAAACUACUGAGGGGCGGAACAAUACUGGGCGCAAAUCCUGUAACAUUAAUGAGUAUUCACUUUAAUUGGUUAAUCGUAUAUUAACUCAAUCUGACGAUGUCGCAGGGGUUUGUCCAGUUGUUGACUAGUUCUCGCCCGUCACUCGAAGCAAGUGCUUGGCCUGCCCGUUUGCCAGAGUGCCAUUCGCGAUCCUUCUGCUUGACUAAAACUUAAACUGUAUGUGAUUUCCUUUCAACGUUGGCAUGGUUUUGUACUGAAUUGAUAACCAGAUUGUUAGUCAAACCUAAAACUAUUUAUUAAGAAAUUGUUUGGUCUUGAAAAAGGUGAUUUAAGGUGGAGAUAGGUGAUGUGAAAAAAAUUGUUGAAGGUCUCGAAAAGGCGAUAUUUGACUGAAAGACGGAUUUCUAGUCGCGAUAUGCCGGCAGAGAGUUCGUCCAUAGAACCAAGCCAGGCAAUCGCAAUGUCGACGAGUCCCGAUCUGUUCAACUCCCAAAACAUACCGCUGGAGACCCGGCUCUACCCCAGUUGCAGCAGCUUCAAGAGGGCUCGGGACCGGGACGGUAGCGGGGCCGAGUCGGACGCCCCACGGAUCGCCUCCCCGAACACCGAGAUGGGUUUCCACUACCACGAGUUCAGCGGGGCGAGCAGCGACUCUGACGCCGGGGAGGAGCGGCACAGAGCCCGGGAGCAGCACCACAGUGGCUCGCUGAGGAACACCAGCCCGAUCCAUUCCGAGAAAUACGAUAGCCUCGCCUCUGCGUCUAUGUACGCAGUCGAAAACUACGGGAAAGGCGAUAAAGGCGUGGAUAGCCAGGUACGGAGGUACCGCACGGCGUUCACUCGGGAGCAGAUCAGCAAGCUGGAGAAGGAAUUCACACGCGAGAACUACGUCUCCAGGCCCCGUCGAUGCGAGCUGGCGUCGACCCUCAACCUUCCAGAGACCACCAUCAAGGUGUGGUUCCAAAACCGGCGGAUGAAAGAUAAGCGCCAGCGGAUGUCCAUGGCGGCAUGCUCUUGGCCGCAUCAUGCAGCCCUCGACCCAAACAUCUAUUCUCUGAUGCUGGCUGGCCGUCUGCCUUACCCGUGUCCAUCGACGGCGUUCAGUUACUACCAGCCCGGUCCUCCCACCCUGUCGCCCACGGUUGGCCCGUCUCAUCACGACGCCUACAGCAGCUACGCCAUGCACCUCCGCGGCCGCUCGGCCGACCUGCUUCGGUCCCUGUGUCACCCCUACUCGCGUCUGGCGACUGGAGCCCCGACUUUUUCCGCCUCUGAUCUGCUCGCGGCCAGGGCAAGUGCCGCCGCGGUUGCAGCAGCCAACUCGUCUUUCAUCGCGCCGAGUUCCGUCCCGUCUCAGGCCGCCUUGCCCUGCGCUUGCCAUCACCACUACGGACACGCUCACCACGCCUUGCCCGGUUCCCAACCAUCUUCGGCCGCCGUGCCCCUCUCCGGGGUAGGGCUAGGGAUCAAUCGGGACCCGGAGUCAGGAAUCUGUGCUUUACCGCCGUCUGUACAUCACUCUUAAGGAUAUCAGAAAAGUCAGGUCUAUCUUUCAAAAUGGCAAGAGUGCUACUGAAUGCACACUCGACUGAGUGUGUAAGCCGAGUUUGACUUUUGCAGUCCAAUGUUAACCCAAAAUUAGACACAAUAAAUGGUGUUUCGGGGCCCUUUGGGUUAUACCCUACAUCUGUGAUGGAUCCUAGUCUCCUCGUUCUGGCUGCGAUGAACUCGUAUGGCACGGCUUUUAGUUUUUGUUUUAGCUUCAAGUCCAUCGGAACUGCAUGUCUGCGACACACAAUGUAAAUAAAUUUCUAGAUCGCCAGUCCCACUAUACGCAGUGUUCUUGUUACCUCGUCGUUAAGGAAAACUUUAUGUAUAUGUGUACAAUGUAGAUGUUUUUAAAAGUUGUAAAUAUAAAGUUUUUGGUUGCAUAAUGCUGCCACCGACGAAAAUCACUGAGUGUAAAAAAUCAUCAUUAAAUACCUAACUUAAUAGUGUUGGCGUCCCGUUAAGACAUUACACUGUCGAAGCAACUCAACUUAACACCUUUCAUCAGACAAUUAAAUUAUCUCUGUGUGCGUCAUUGUACGUAGUUACCCUCGAUUUUGUACACGGGGUAAAAGGAAAUCAUUCCGCGAGUGAUAUGAACCAUAUUCUGGAGGCAGCCAGUGUGAGACAUAACCAUAAAGUUUACCAAUAAGCUGUCCAACUGUUGGCGUCAUUUAAGUUGAUUUCACAAAAUGCUGAGAGUCCUGCUGAAUUCAAAGUUGAAAAAAAAUGCUUCAAAAUUGGAAGACAUAAUCAGUGACUGUUACAAGACAAUAAAGUACAGUGAGCGAAGCUGCAGUGCAGUCGAUUUAUGGGUCACAAAAAAUCGCUAAAACUAAAACUGAACUGUAGAAUAACAGUUUAACAUCUCAAAGCUGUUCCCACAGAACACCUUUCUGUCCAGAAGCUUUAUAUUAACACCACACUGAAUUGUCUUUCUUUUAUAUUUGAACAAAAUGCCAGUGUCGUUGAACUUCGAGCUUCGUUGUGCAGUUUACUUUUCGUCGGUCUCGGCCAAUGCUCGUGUUUAAAGCAACCUUGAGCCUGUGCUUGCAUAUCAUUAUAAGAGCAAUAUUCGUAGUUAACGAGAUGAAGAUUAUACUAGGCUAGUUCAGAAAUGCAGCGACCGACUAAACACUGAAUUUCCUAAGUUAAAGAUUUUUUUGGUGGGGAGGGAGUCAACAAACAGUUUUAUUUGUCGUCAACUCUUCUCAGCGUUCACCCAACUACGCAUUUUUGUAAACAAUUAUUUAUUUUCCAUAUAAAUAUCAUUUUCCAAUGUGUAAAAUGUCGGCUCUGACAAUAAGGGUACCAUAGGAAAUGUUACAUGAAUGGUUCAGAUUAUGUAUACAUGUAGCAGUCCAUGUACCGGCUGAAAUAAAUAGCGAAUCAAUACAAGA